UGUUCCAAGCGACUCGACCCAAGCCCAAGCCCAAGCCCGAGCCCAAAGCCACGCACCGCCCUCGACCGCCGUCUUCUUCAUCCCAUCCUUCCUUUCUUCUGUUUGCUCAACAUUAAUUCUCCUCUUCCGAGCCUCUUACGUUUUGCUUGUGUAUACUGUAAUCCUCUUCACUCUCAUCUCUCUUUUCUUCUCUCUCGGAAGCCCCUUCCCUGCCUCCUUGUUGUUGUUGUUGUCUAGCCGGGGCUUCAGUCGGUCUCUUUCGUCGGGCUUCUGGUGUUCUGCUUUCGCUUCGUUUUGCGAUUGCGAAUUGCAUUGAUUUCUGUCCCAGGAGGUUGUGAAUUUCUCGUGUGACGGAUGCUAUCACUGGGUCUUCGUCGGGUUUUCGACUUUUAGGUGGCGGUGGGGUGUGGCACCGCAAUCAGAGCGAGUAUGUGGUAGCCCCAAUCGGGGGACGGUAAUUCGGAAAUCUGCUCUAUCUCUCUCUCUCUCUCCCUCUCUUUGCCAGAGCCGUGGGCAGGGUUCGUUUGGGCUCCGUGGUCUGGAAUUGUAUCGAAUUUCGAAGGACUUCGAAGGAAGACAGAUCAUUUGAUCGAGAACUCAAGGUAGGAUGCACGGAGAAGGGUUAUCCGUGGCGGUGGCGGUGGUGGAAGUUGCAGAUGUGGCAUGGGCAGCGUUGGAGAGGCGCCACGAUAAAUCGCGAGACGCAGUGGCACGAGAUAAGGAGUUCUCGGAAGCCGAAGGCGCUUUAGAGCAGGAGCGAGAGGAAAAUCGGCGACUGCGUGCACGCCUGGAAGAGUAUCAGAAAGCUCUGGAGGACAUGCAAGUGCGAGGCGAACAGGAUGACACUUCUGAGGUUGGCUCGUGCUCGGAGUCUGGCGGGAACGCCGACCAUCAGGAUUUAUAUCAACGCUUGAUAAAGAAAGUCGAUUCUCCAGAGUUUUUGUCCAAGUUGGCGGACUGCAGCGAAGGUUCCAAGUCACCAGAGCGAAUGGACGUCAACACUGCAGAUGAUCCAAGUUCAUGGCUGGUGGUAACGGAUAAAGACUUGACCGAAAAGGAACUCAAAGUGGAACGGGAUGAGUUGGGACAAGAUGGCUAUGUCGUUAUAACUCAGGAGGAUAUCGUAGAUGGUAUUGCGAGUUUCAUGGCUCGAUACAUUUCUUCUAUUCCUCAAACUAAGGCGAUGACUCCUCAAGAACUACAGAAAGCAAUUAGCCAAGCCUUUACAGAUCUGGAGAGGAGAGGGAAGUUGAGGAAGCUGUGGAAUUGUGGCAAAUUCAUGUACUCUGCAGCUUCAUGGGGAGCUACUGCUGUCGGACUGUACAAAAAUCCAGUAAUUGUUCGAGCUGCGACGAUGGCUGUGUGGACUUCUUGCUGCGUGGUUGCGAGGCUUCUCGUGUAGUCCGGAACACCUACGUUAUGUUCGUCUCCAUCAAAUUGCAUGGUGACCUAUAGCAGUAUCACACAUGUACAGAACUGUUCGACGUUUUUGGUAAUUUGUUUGUGUACAUAACAGCAUCGAACUGGGUUAAACAUCAGAAACAUCACCAGGUAUUUGUUUAGUGAAAUGAGGCCUCUCUAGUUGCUUCACAAAGUGUACAUGUAGCUUCUCAAAAAAAGAUGACACAUCAGGUCAAAUUGUACUGUCUAUAUGCAUUGCUCAAUUUUUUUCCUCGAGGAAACCCUCAUAUUCAAGACCCACUGGCAUCAGAUGGCCUGGCCUUACGAUUUGUACUCAUUGUAACAUAGCAGUUUUCUCUUGUCGG